UUUUGUACGGUAACAUUAAAUUUGAUAGUUUUCUGAGGGCGCAAACAGAAACUAAUUGCUUCUUUGACACUUUGCUUGUUUUAAAACGUCGAAGAUUUGAAUUGUCACAUCAUAGAAUUGUGGCAAUGAUCCGAAGAAACCGACCGUGGAACACUGUAGACGUGCUGGGCGAGGACGGCCUGUUUCGUUACGGGCGCGUGGUGGAUGUGGCGAACCACGGGCUUUACAUCGACUUCUUCUGUCUCGGACGCCGCCGGGAAUUCAUCCCUUUUGAGGGGGUGUUCCUGAAUGAUGACGGCCGAUACCUGGACCAAAACGACCGGGCCCGCACCAAUCCUCCGCCUGAAAUGCCCGCAGAGGUUCUGGUGCGCGACACUGCAUCGGGCGCGUUUACCUGGUUCCCCGCGCAGUUAGUCGUGAGAGAAGUCGGCAUCGCGCACUCCAAAUACGCCGUGGCUGUUAUUCAGCAAGGAAAACCUGAGAAGUGCGCAGAUGUGGUUCCUGUGUCGCGUAUUCGCUGGAAAAAGGAGUCCAGUGCGCUGCAGUCCCCGGUCGAGGCCGAAAUCGGGAAUCUGCCAAAGUGCGUGGCGAAAGGGAGGUUCGUCAAGCGCCCACUACGACUGCCGGAAAGUUGUCCCAUACAUUUAGUGACAGCCGCACUGAAGGAGCAGAAAAGUGGAUCCAAUUACCAGCAUUGGUAUGCUGCCCAAGCUGAGGCAGUGAACACUGCGGACGGCUGUGCAGUGUACAUUCAGCGUCGAUGCUCUGUUGCAGUGGAAAACGCUGUUGAUCAAUUUACUAAGGAAUUGGGCAAUCUCAGCAGUUUUCACGACGCGUUAUUUGGUUCCGUUUUGCGGAUGCCAGAACCAGUAGUCCAUAUUUUAGAAUCGGAUGAAGUCGCUGUGUUGCCGACGGAAUUGUGGAGGGAAGUCUUCUCAUACCUUGACACGGUGACGCAGACCAAACUGCGCACUGUCUGCGCAAAAUGGAACGGUAUUCUGGAUUCCGCUGGAUUAGAGGAGCAUAUUGUUCUCGACAGCGCCGGACUCAUCUCGUCGGAUCUUUGUGAAGAUCUUGAACGGACCUAUUUUAUGAUCGCAGCUCUCUUCAAGCAUCUGUCCCCAUCCACGCAUCACAUUAUCAUCGCUGAUCGAGAAGAUUUUUUGACGGGAACUGAAAUUACGAAAUUGCUGAAUAUUCUGAAAUUCAUUACACUGCGCAAUGCCGACAUCCGGCUGAAAGCUAUCUUCCUCGUCGGGCUGAAGAUGUCUCUGCUGGGAAGCCCGUAUGAUCACCAACAAAAAUCUAAAUGCCGGUAUCAUCAACAUGUUUCUGCUUCCGCCAGCAAUCCUUGCCCGCUUUCCACUGUGCCACGCGGAAAUUUUCCGUGCGAUGAUAUCCAUUUGAUCCGAUGCAACAUCACUGUGGCAUGCACGGAUCGAUUGAUGCUAGACGUGAAAAUUAUGAAGAGUCGACAGUGCGUUACUGGCCGCUUAGACUACGCGCUGUGGAGUGCCAUGGAUGCGGGAAUGUCAGCGCCCGGUGAUACGGAGUUACGUCGUCUCUUCAACUGGUUAAAAUUCGAAAAAACGAAACACGAACUGGUUAAAAGUCCAAAUUCAAUGCCAGAUGAUUGGAAGAAAUACACUGCUAUGAUCUGCAAGACACUGUGUGCGACGCAGACGGCGGAUCCGCGUCCUUCGCUGCAUUACCGCGGGAAGAAGUGGUGUGUGGACGGUCUGCGGUGUUUGAAUCCUGAGAAGCUGUCGCGUUUGUCACUCCAUUUCCUCAACCUAUUGAUGAAGGCCUUGCCUUGUUAAUUGUUUCGGGUUGCGCUCGUGCCGGACCAUGUACAGGCUUUGUAGCAGUGCGUGCUCCCGAGAUUAAUCUAUUUAACUUUUCGCGGAUGUUUUUGUUAAAAUUUAAUCUUUGUUGGCUUUGUUAAGUACAUGUUACUAACAUUAUCUGUUAAUUUUUAAUAACUUUUUUAAUUUUAUUUCUUGAUUCACGGUCCCAGGAAAUGUUACGCUGAAUCUGCUCGUCCAACUUAUGAAGUCCUUGCCUCACUUGAGUGAGGUUGUUCUUGGUCUUGAUAAACCGGUUUACGUGG